AUGCCUCGUAUCACACAUUGUAUCUUUGAUAUGGAUGGCCUGUUGCUCGAUACCGAACGUGUUUAUACUGAAGUGACCCAGGAGAUCCUCGACAAGUAUGCAAAUGGCAUCAAGUUCAGUUGGGAGUUCAAGAGCAAGCUCAUGGGCCGAACUGGCAAUGAAUCGGCUGCUAUGGUCGUAGACGAAUACAAGCUUCCUAUGACUGUGGACGAGUACAUUGAUAUCACAUCUCAAUUACACGAAGAACGCUUUCCUUUGGUGAAACCUUUGCCUGGUGUUGAACGUUUGAUCCGACACUUGCACAAGCACAAGGUUCCUAUGGCUGUUGCUACAUCCUCAAGCCGUGAAAAGUUCUUGCUCAAGACCUCCCGCAACAAAGAGCUGUUUUCAUUGUUCGAUUACAUUGUGUGUGGUGAUGACGACGAUAUCAAGCAAGGCAAACCUGCGCCCGAUUUAUUUUUGGCAGCACAAAAAAGACUUGGUAAUCCAUCUGCUGAAAACUGUCUUGUCUUUGAAGAUGCUACCAAUGGUGUGGAAGCGGGUCGCAACGCUCAUAUGCAUGUUGUAUGGAUCCCUGAUAGUAAUCUACGCGCUAUUGCUGGUGAUGUGGAUUCCCACGGUGCUACUUUGGUGCUUGAUUCGAUGGCUGAAUUCAAUCCAGAGCAUUUUGAUUUGCCUGCCUUUGAUACUGCCGGCAAUCCUGAAACCAUUCAUGAAUCUGAUAUUGUACACAACGCUUGA